GACAGACGGACGGAGGGAGCCUGCGGAGAGGCACCGGCCCGCUGCGCUAGCCCGCCGCCGCUGCCCGUCGCCCCAUGGAGCUGUGCCUGGGGCCCUCGCCGCCCUCGGGGUGGGCGCUGCCGCUGCUCCUCGCCCUGGGCGCCGCCGGGCUCAGCCACGGCACCCCGCACCUGCCGUACUCCCGGCCGGGCUCCCGCAGCAAGAACUGGUGCGCCUACAUCGUGAACAAGAACGUGAGCUGCUCGGUGCUGGACGGGACGGAGAGCUACGUCCAGGCCCAGUACAAGUGCGCCUGGAACCAGUUCCCCUGCGAGCCCACCCUGGUAUACCGAACGAGUUUCAGACCUCGGUACACGGUUGCAUAUAAGACAGUGACAGAGCUGGAAUGGAGAUGUUGUCCUGGCUACAAAGGGGAGGACUGCAGGGAAGGACCUGCAGAAAAGCCAAACACUGCUCGUCGUCCCACAACGCCAGCCAAAGCUGUCAUGAAGAAAGGCACAGAUGCAGAACCAACAGAAGCACCGGAGCCUCCACCAUAUGAGAAGAGAAUGCAGUUUCUUGAGGACGAAUUGUUCAGACUCACACGGUCUGUGAUUGAACUUCAGUCCUCCGUGGCGGGUGUGAAUGAAAACCUGAAGCUGACUGUACAGGAAGAUGCUAGCAAGAUGUUGGUCACGUGGCUGAACAACCUUUACGACCGCCCGGAGCCUGACAGUGCAGUUGGUGCUGAAACAGACACUAUUCAGCUGCCAGGACUCCUCAGCAAUAAAGAUCAAAAAGACCCUUUUAUUGAUUUUGAAAUGGAAGAUAUAAAAGCUGAGCUAGCUGAGGUCAAAGAAGCCUUGAAGAUGAGGAAUGAUGAGCUGGAGGAACUGAAUGGAAAAGUAAAAGGCUAUGAAGGACAGUUAAAGCAACUGCAGGAGGCAGCACGAGGACCUACAAUAACAAUGCCCCGUGACAAUAUAUAUCAGGACUAUAUAGACUCAAAAUUUGAGUCCCUCAGGCAAGAAAUAAUGGAAGGAUUUGAAAAGAAAAUGGCAGAUCUGAAGAAGUCCUGUGAAUAUCAGCAGCAGUAUGAUGACAGUGAAAAUAACUGUGUAGGGAUAAUUGAUGUUAUAAGAGGAAAAGAGAAUGACUUGAGGAAAGAAAUAAAUGCUCUCCGCACUCAGAUUCCAUCAAACAACUCCAGUUGUUGCAAGAAGGGUGAGGGAAAUUACUUUGACCAACAGAUGAAAGAUUUAGAUACGAAGAUUGACAGAAUUGUGGAAGCACAGAGGAUCUUGAAUGUCAGAAUAGAUAACGAAAUCAUUCGAUUGUCGACUCCAGAUCUGGAAGACGUGUUUGUUGAGAGGCUGGAGGAGCUAGAUGCAAGGAUGAAUAUUACAGAACGAAAUGCUGAAGAACAUUGUUUUUAUGUUGAGGAGACUCUCCGCAGUGCUAUCGCUGCUGAGGUGGAUGAACUGAGAGACUUGUUUGACCAAAAGCUGCGGGCACUGGAGGUGAGGCUGGGUGGGACUAUUUUGGAGAUUGCCAACACCACAGACCCGGAUGGAAUGUUUGUUAAUCCUGGGCCUGUCUUGCCCAGCGAUGCAGGAUUUGCAAAUGAGCAGAUUACGGCAGAGAUGAAUUUUGUGAAGGACAAACUGCUGUCGCUUGAACAGCUCUGUGGGCAGAAAUGUCAGUCUGCACCGCGAGGUACGGAGGACCUUCAGAAACAGCUAGAAAGUUGUAACGACAGGUACAAUCACUUGCUUUUGAAAGCAGAGAAUAAUUCUGGUCUCCUGCAGUCUCUAAAUAGCUCUCUUAAUGAGAAACUCAACUUAAUUAAGGGUAACCAACGUGACAUCCAGAGAAUGCAGAGAGACAUACGUGUAUUCCGAUACAAUCUAAAUGCCGUUGAUAAAGAUAUGAAAAAUCUUCAAGACGGCCUGAGUAGCUGCAGGGAGCAGCUUCUGGGUGUCAAUUCCACAUGCAGAAAAACGCAACGAGGUGUCUUCCGAAAAAUUGAUCAAAUGCAGAGGACAUUUGCAAAUCAAACUGCUCAUUCCAGUGAGAAUUGUUGUGGUGAAGUGAAAGAGAGACUAGAACAAUUGAAUGACCAUAUCCUGAAUGAUCUUAGCAAGUGCAAAGAAAAGACCCAAGAUGUCCAGGAGGGUGUUUCAGAUGUUGAGAGCAGAGUUUCACAUGUUGAAAAAGUCUGUGUUAAGUUGGACUCUGUUUCAGAUAGCUUGCAGAAUAUAAAAGAAGGUCUGAAUAAGCACGUGAGCAGCUUAUGGAACUGCAUCCGUGAAAUGAAUGGAACCAUAGCAUCUCAUUCCACUGAUAUUUCUGGCCUCAAAAACUCUGUCCAACAGUUUCAUAGUCAGGUUUCCAAAAUCACCACAGACAUUGAAGGCGUGCUGAAAUCUCAGCCUGACACAAGGCGACCAGGAGUACCACAGCAGCUGUUGCCACCGAGGCCACCCGUGCAGCCCCAGCCUGGCAUAUCCCUGCUGCCCUCGAGGCCCAGGAUGCAACCCCCACGACAGAGGGUCCCCCUCCUGCCACCACAGCUGAGACCUCCUCCACGCCCAGCUCUGCCAGGCUCAGCAGUUGUGCCACUUCUGCCUGGAACAACCGGCAUCAUCUUGGAGACUGGGGAGGCAGGGCCUCCUGGCACAGUUUUGAUGUCUGGGAGAGGGCGUCUCAGGAGUGCGGAUGGCCAGGCUGGCCAAAGUACCAUGCCCAUUGCUGAAGGGUAUGCUGGAGCACCAGGAUAUCCAAAGCCAUCUCAUUCUACCACGGAUUCACAAGGACCUGCCACUGCUGCUGUGCCCUCUCUGGUGUCAUUUUCUGCUGGGCUCACACAGAAGCCUUUCUCCAGUGAUGUCGGCGUGGUUCACUUCAACAAAGUGCUUGUGAACGAUGGGGACUAUUAUAACCCCAACACAGGCAUUUUCACAUCGCCGUACGAAGGGCGCUACCUGAUCACCGCCGUGCUGGCCCCGGAGAGGGAUGAGUACGUAGAAGCGGUGCUGUCCGUCUCCAACGCGAGCGUGGCUCAGCUCCACACUGCUGGGUACAGAAGGGAACUGCUGGAGUAUCACAAACCCUACUCAGGGAAACAGACCUGUGGUGGUCCUGGGACGUUCCACCUUGUUCUUCACCUCAAAGCAGGAGAUGAAGUAAACGUUGUUGUGACAGGAGGCAAACUGGCCUACACAGACUCUGAUGAAAUGUACUCCACGUUUAGUGGAGUUCUCCUUUAUCCUUCCAUUUCUCAUGUUUAGGUUUGCCUUGAACAGGGGAGAAGGGUAAGAUAUUCAGAAGAAAUUAAGUGUAAUAAAAUUCAAAGCUUUAAUAUA